UGCUGCCUUUCAGUGCCCAUAAUUGACACCUGUCAGUGCCUCAUCAAUGCCACAUACCAGUGCCCAGCAGAGCACAUCAAUGCCACAUAGCAGUUCCCAUCAAUGCACAUCAAUGCCACAUAUCAGUGUCCAUCAGAGCUGCCUUUCAGUGCCAACUAUCAGUGCCAGUCAGUGCCGUCUAUCAGUGCCAUUCCAAUCAGUGCUGCCUAUCAGUGCCAGUCAGUGCCUCCUAUCAGUGCCCGUCAGUACCACCUAUCAGUGCCAUAUAUGAGUGCUGCCUUUCAGUGCCCACCAGUGAUGCCUGUCAAUGCUCUCAGUGCCACCU